AGUGACUUGACGCCAUUCGUCCACUUGGGGGUGGGUUUUGCAAGAGGGUGUGCGUGUUCCCGCAGCAACAGGGAAGAUGGCAGCCCUCACAUCUCUCACCCAGUUGUCGAGUGGGAACCCAGUAUAUGAAAACCUUUAUAGACAGGUUGACCCAGGUAAUACAGGGAGGGUAGGGCCUACAGAAGCAGCCCUGUUCCUGAAGAAGUCUGGGCUUCCGGACAUGACGCUGGGAAAGAUCUGGGAUUUAGCUGAUCCAGAUGGGAAAGGAUUCUUAGACAAACAGGGAUUUUAUGUUGCUUUGCGGUUGGUAGCAUGUGCACAGAGCGGCCAAGAAGUCAGUCUGACAAGUUUCAACCUCACAGUCCCUCCUCCUAAAUUUAAGGACACAAGCAGUCCAUCACUCACUACAGUUUCAAGUUCAAGUGAGAGCCAUUGGAUAGUGAGGCCCGAAGAAAAGAGUAAGUUUGAUGGCAUAUUUGAAAGCCUCGCGCCAGUAAAUGGACUCCUUUCUGGAGAGAAAGUAAAGCCUGUUCUUAUGAACUCAAAACUACCUCUGGACGUGCUGGGAAAGGUUUGGGACCUAAGUGACAUUGAUAAAGAUGGACACCUGGACAGAGAGGAAUUUGCAGUGGCCAUGCACCUAGUGUACCGAGCCCUUGAGAAGGAGCCUGUGCCCUCGGUCCUGCCCUCCACCCUCAUCCCCCCCUCUAAGAGGAAGAAGUCGGUCAGCUCUCUGCCCGGAACCGUACCCGGGCUACCCGCCAGCCCCCCACCGCCCAAAGACAGCCUGCGAUCCACGCCCUCCCACGGAAGCAUGAACUCACUCAACAGUGCGGGCAGCCUCUCCCCCAAGCACUCUCUCAAGUCCUCACAGCACUCAUUGAACUGGGUGGUCCCGACCACAGACAGAGGCCGCUACGACGACAUCUUCCUGAAAACUGACGGUGACCUUGACGGGUUUGUGAGUGGCCUGGAGGUCAAAGACAUCUUCAUGCAGUCAGGACUCCCUCAGAACAUUCUGGCACAUAUAUGGGCUUUAGCAGACACUCGGCAGAUGGGGAAGUUGACCCGCGAGCAGUUUGCCUUGGCCAUGCACUUCAUCCAACAGAAAGUCAGUAAGGGCGUUGACCCUCCUCAAGCUCUCAGCGCUGAGAUGAUUCCGCCGUCGGAGCGAGGCACUCCUGUACCGGUGUGUGCCAUAGAACCUGGCAGCUCUGUUAAGCUUUUUGACGGUUCAAAUCUGAAUCAGAGUCUUUCUGGAUACAUGACACCGGUGGGAUCUGAAAUGGCUGCCCUGUCAGAGAUGCGGCGUGACAGCUCCAGCUCGGUAGGGUCAGGUGAAUUCACAGGCAUCAAAGAGCUGGACGAUAUCAGUCAGGAGAUUGCCCAACUACAAAGAGAGAAGUACACUCUGGAGCAGGAGAUCAGGGAGACAGAGGAGGCCAUCAGGCAUAAGACCACUGAGGUUCAGGAGAUGCAGAACGACCUGGACCGCGAGACGUGCAGCCUGCAGGAGCUGGAGGCCCAGAAGCAGGACGCUCAGGACCGUCUGGAGGAGAUGGACCAGCAGAAGGCCAAGCUGGAAGACAUGCUCAAUGACGUGCGACAGAAGUGCCAGGAGGAGUCUCAGAUGAUCUCCUCUCUGCAGACUCAGAUCCACUCCCAGGAGUCGGACCUGCAGAGUCAGGAGGAGGAGCUGGACCGGGCCAAAGCGGAGCUGGGCCGUCUGCAGCAGGAGGAGAGCCAGCUGGAGCAGAGCCUCCAGGCCGGCAAGCUGCAGCUGGAGACCAUAAUCAAGUCCCUCAAGGCCACGCAGGACGAGAUCAACCAGGCUCGCAGCAAGCUCUCCCAGAUACAAGACAAUCAACAGGAGAUGACCAAGAGCAUCGAGCAGUACAACAGCACCCUGAACGGCACCCACGGAGGUAGCAUGACCAACCUGGCAGACAUGAGCGAAGGCUUCCCCGAGAAGGAGAACGGUGGCUUCGGUGCCAUGGAGGACCCUUUCAAGGUGAAGACAUCUGUGUUCAAUAGCAACCCCCAGGAGAUGCACACAGACCCCUUCCACUCAGAGGACCCCUUCAAAACAGAUCCUUUCAAAGGAGACCCUUUCCAGAAUGAUCCCUUUGCAAAGCAGCCACCCACCACCACAGAUCCUUUUGGAGGAGACCCUUUCAAAGAGAGUGAUCCCUUCAAGACUACAUCGGAGGACUUCUUUAAGAAGCCAGCUAAGGUGGAUCCUUUUGGUGCCUCUGAUCCUUUCAGCAAAAGUGCCACGCUUCCAACAAAGCAGGCAUGCCACUUCACAAGCAAUGACCCCUUCACCUCUACCAGUCCCAAAUUAAAAGGCCCAGAUCUCUUUGGAACACUUGACCCUUUUGGAAGCAGCUCAUUUGGCAGCAACAGCGGAUUUGCAGACUUCAGCCAAAUGUCAAAGGGGUUUGCAGAUGACCCCUUCAGCAGAAAGCAAGAUACCCCAGCUCUGCCGCCCAAGAAAGGUGUACCACCUCGACCUAAACCUCCCAGUGGUAAAAGCACUCCUGUAAACUUGCCUGGAUCGGGGGAUGCCUCCAAGCCGAGCGACCCGUUCCAGCCCUUCGGCUCUGACGCCAGCGACCCCUUUCAGAGUAAAAAGGGGGUGGCGGGGGUCCCAGGGGAUCCCUUUAGUGGCAAAGAUCCAUUUGCUCCAUCUGCCUCAAGUAAAGCCUCUAGAGACUCCUCAUUGGGUUUUGCAGACUUCAGCUCUGAAACGAAAGAACCAAGUUUGGGAAUGAGGCGCAGCAGAUGGAGUGGGCCAAGCGAGAGAGCGAGCGCGCAGAGCGGGAGCGGCUGAAGCGCCUCCGGCAGCAGGAGCAGGAGGACCUGGAGCUCGCCAUCGCCCUCAGCAAGGCCGAGAUGUCCAACGCGUGACCGCCGCACCUCCCACUCCCCAUCCCCGCUCGACCCCAGCCUACCGCUCACGCUCUCAGCUAGGCUGAGCUCCCCCGUCCCCUACCUCCUUCCCACAGCUGACCUCUAACCCCCCCUCCCCCAUCCCCCAUCCCCCAUCCCACUCUAUACGCUCAACAAGACCAAGAUGUCUGAUGCUUGACCCUAGUCAUGAUCUCACCCCACCUCAUGAUGUACUAACCACAAUGCAAGAAGUCAAACUAAAGUACAAAUGCAAAACAAGCUCAACAAAAUCAAAACGGUUAUAUUAAAGGGGUUGGGAGGGCAGGGGGUUUAGGUGACACAUAGAGUGGGUUUGGGGUGUUUUAGUGACGAAUCGAACAAUCAUACUAUCCUCUUACUUUUAAUGUGAUCAACCAUAGCAAGAGGGUUAACCUGUGGUGUUUUGCGAACAAACUAAUACACUGUACAUGCACUGCGUAACCUGCACGGUCUGCCGCCAGUCAAACAUGCUGUUUAAGGGAAAUAGGGGCCUCAUGUUAGGCUAGUGAAGUUCUGUGAUGUCACAUGACAUAAUACUUCACACUGGACUGGUUGCAGUCGAUAUAGGUCGUCAAGAAGGGAUGUCAUUCUGACUAAGCUGAGAAAAAAAGGACAAAAGUAUCGCUGUUGUGGAUUGGACUGAUAAUUUGUUCGCUAACUUUUUAUUUUUGGAGGGGCACAGGACUAGUGGUAUGGUCUUCUGCAUGUGUGAAUGGGUGGCUCUCGCCAUCACUGGAAACAAAUUGUACAGAAAACUCUAUUUUCUUUUUUUGUUCGUUUCAGACAGUGUGUGUGUGAAUGGAUCCAUGUGAAUGCUUACUUAUCAUGGGCAGUAGGAGAGGCUGAAAUCCUUUUCUUUUUUUUUUUUCUUUUUUUUUUUUAAAUCAUGUCCUGCUUUGCGGUGUAUCUAGGACCUUUCCCCUGUGAAUUGGGAUGUCCAGGAAGAGAAACAUCAGAUGAGGGAAGUCAUUCUUUAGUGGUCACUGUGUGUUCUACAGCGGCAGGAACAGAGGAAGCUCUUUUGUCUGACCACCAGCGCUGUUUACCAUUUCAGGAAAGGCUACAUGUUUGUUUCACAUUACCGUAAAAGCACAACCCCUUUGCGUCUCUCAUGAGAAUACGCUCAUAGUGUUGUCAAAAUGUACAGGUGUCCCGUGCAUGUUUCAAACGAUUCACAUUAAUUGGCUGCUAGAACUGAGGGGUUUGAUAGCUAAAGGACAAACAUGGUGGAAGGGUGAUCCCACUGCUAAAGCUCAUGCAGUGUUGGUACAUUUAGGUGUUUUUGUUUUGUUUUGUUUUGUUUGUUUUUAAACUGUCAUUUACAGCAUUGCAACAUAGCAUACAUGUCUGCAAAAUUUGAAUUAAGAUCAGCCUUUUGACCGUAUUCAUGUGAAUGUCAAGUAAAUAAUACCGACAGUGCUGAGCUUUGAAACCAUUCAAGCCUGGACCUUGAACUCCUACUUUGUUUUACUGGCUAUAUUUCAGUUUUACUUGAACUCUACUAAUGGUACUAGUUGGCACCCUUGUUUACCAAUGGUUAUUUUAUCUUUGUACUGAAAAGGAUAUAGACUGACUUUAACUAAAGGUGGGUCCUUCAGGACUAUGUCACUACUACAGCCUGUCAGUGUCGGCCCAACCUGUACUUGUUCCCUCCAGAAUGUGUAUGAACAUGCCCCCGUAUUUAAAUGUUACUAAAUUAGGGAUCUUUUUUUUCUUUCUGAGCCAUGUGUGUUGGUGUCUUUAUUUAGUGUUGUUGUUAUUAGUAGUCGCAUCAUUAAGCAUUAUUAUAUGUAUUAAUGGUCCAUUGUGUGGUAUUGACUGAAAAAUUAUAGUGUCAUAGUACGACAAGUAAAUGGCACUUUCGAUUGCAAAAUGUUGUUGAAAUCCAUCAUUGUUGGAUACUAAUGCUGGUUACUGACAUGCCCUAUCACUCACAUGCAUUACUUGCCAGCUCUGCUUUUAUUAUUUUAAAGUAUUUCCUGUCUCUCCCUGCACAUGCGAGAGCUUCAUCUGUGUCCUUCUGCUGAAGCCCACAUGGGUCACUCUUGUGGUGUUUUAAUCACAAGUCUUUAUCACACUUUAUCCUGCAACUGCAGGGCUCUAACAAAGUCCAGCACUCCUUCUUUGUGUUGUGGUCGGUCUACGUUCUCUUCCCCGGGAACAGAGAACGGGAGAACCUCCCUGCACCACUCCACAGUCUCCACUGUGCUCUCUCUCGGCUAUCACUGAGUAAAUGACUGAAUUGAACACAGGUGGAUCGGAUCUCAUGUAAAAAUUGGAGCCGCUGGCCAUUCCCCAAAUGCAACUAAAGCAAGGCUAAAUCAAAUGUGAAGGCACAAGGGGCUUGAGGGGGGUCCUUAGUGACAGAAUGGUUCUGAUUGUGUAGUGCUGUAGAACUGAUCAUUCCACUUACGUUCUAGCUCCAAUUCGUCUGCUCAAAUCUCGUUUGGCUUAGCUUGUCCAGCCAUCGACUGCUUCCCCUGUAACAUCAUUCAUACUGUAUUUGUAUUUUGUGUCCACAGUGCAAUAGUCUUUGUUUUUUAUUUUUAACUUCCAUUUAAAAAAUGUGUAAAUCCAGUUUUAUUUUUUUUUCAUUUUCAUUGUAUUCUUUUUGUUUUGUUUGUUGUUUUUUGUUUGUUUUUUUUAUCAUUAGAAGUAUUUAAACAUGCUUAUCAAAUUGCUGUUACAAAUUGGCAUUUUUAAUGAUGUUUUGAAAGCAUUUUGACUGAUCUGAAGCUGAAUGCGUUCCUCCUCACCUGCCUUUGACCUAUCUUUCCUCUGUAGAUAAAAAAGAAAUAAUCAAGUCUGUUGUAUUGAAAUGCAUAAAGUAUACAUAAACCUUGUAUAUUAUGUCUGUUAUAUUUGUCCUAUAAAAAGUGAAAAAUUGCUCAAUGUGUAACUUUUGGAGAAUUUCUGACUACAUUGGUAGCAACUAGGAAAAAAAGGGUUGGAUUUCUUCGAAGAUGUUAACGCUCAGUAUGUGGUCAUUGUUCAAUAGAAUAAAAAUAACUACAUUUCAGAUUUACAA